UCUAAAGGAGGGACGAGUUACCUGCCGAGCUAGCCGGACCUUGACCAGUAUCGACGACGGUAAUUGCUGACCAUUCAUAUGUUGCAAGGUGGCAACAAAAACAUAAGAACCGGGGCAACGUGAAUUGCUGACGGCACGCGUGGAGCGGAUGAUGGCAACGACGAGUAGUAUAAGCUAGUUAGUAAUUUAAAAGUGAAUAAAGUUCAGUGAAAUUGAUAGUUGUAGGCGAGUCCCUAAAUCCGAAAAGAGAAAAAACAGUGCCAAUCUUGACCAGUUGUCAAGGACUCAGACACCUCGACAUCUUUUAUGAUCUUACCGUACAAAUAUCUAACAAAUAUAAUGGCUAAGAAGAACUAAACGAGGCGAAUUCAAUCUUUUAGGCGGAAACUUUGAUGAUAACGAUCACUCAAGAAAAUGUAAAUAUGAAGGUUAAGAGCAACAGUUUAAUAGAGUAAAAUAAUCACCAGGUUAGAAUACAUAAGAAAGAUAGAGAAUCUGAUUGAUAUAAUGGCAAAUACUUUCAACGCUCCACGAUCAUUGAUAACUAGAAACUGAACAAUAGAACAGGAAUCAAUAACGUGUCUUUUCUUUAUACAAACUUUCAAAACAACCUAUCAGUUGGACCAAAUAGAAAAGGAGUUAGGAUCCAUCUUCGAAACAACUAUAGCGAACCUGCCGACCGAAGGAAGCAUUCCCUCCCCGUAUUGAAUAGUCCAAAAGAUCAAUGAUCACCAUUGAUCUAAGAAAGAACCCUUUAUUUUCCCACGCAAUUAGUGGAUUACAUCAGAUGUGGAUUUCACGGUCAUGUUUAAAGACCGACGCCGGUUAACCAGAAACAAGCGAUGCAAGCAGAGAGAAUGCUUACUGCUUGUUGCUGGUUGACGCGGUGAUGUAACGUUCUCGCUCCAAUGCCGGAGAAUGUUUUUGUUUUAACUUUUCGUAUGUGUCACCCGGCAGCGCUGACUGAAUGCCCCCAACAAGGUCUCAGUCACGUGGUUGGCCGAACUAACAAAGCCAGAGCGGACGACGCUCGGUUUGGCUUUUCUCUUUUCUCUUUUUCUUUUCAGAUCGGGAGAAUGAGUACUUGCGACGGCAAGUUAAAAGACCCGCGAUUGACGCCGGGACUUGUGUUGUAUUGUUGUAUGGAUCGUCGGCUGCCCGGUUCGUCUGUCCGCGGUGACGGUUGUUGUGGUUGUUGUUGUUUAGAAAAAUAAACAAUAAGUUUAAUAAUACAAGUGAUAAUCGUAGAGUUAGUUUGUGAAAAAAGGGAAGAACAAAAAGAAAAACCAGUGCUGCGACGGUAUACAUUGUGGUGUCGUUGUCCGGUGGGAUCGUCGUCCAUGUGGGAUCGUUUGCGGCGUGAGUUUGGUUGGAGUUUCGGUUCGCGGGUGUGGUGCAUCGAUUCUAUUAUUACAUUCAAUCUAUCUAUAUUUAUUAAGUGUUUGUAGUUUGUUUCAAUGUACCUAGAGUUAUACAUGUGAGAAAAGAAAGAAAUCCAGUGCCGUGACCGCACGGCCCAUACACAACUCACCUAACAAACCUUAAUGUCAUUUCUAGAAACAUAUUAAACGAAUCAGAAUUGAACCGCAUUAAAGAAAACCUGGAAAAGUAUAACGCCACAUUCCAAAGCUUUGGCCAAGUAUAUGAGUUAUUAAGGAUUAGAUCAGUUUUCAAGGACCAAAAAUUAUACUUCAUGUGUAACGACGCUAAGUCGUUAUCGCCCUCUUUACUUCGUAUUACUUUGGAUCACAUUCUAUGUUAAUAUAAAAUGUAUUUGUCACUUAUGUGGAACAUUGGCACUUUUACCCUGGUAGCGAUGUAGUUUGCAUUUCAAUGCAGAAACAGUAAAUAUAAUGUGUCGCCCGAGCACGUACAUGUGAAUCAACGGUUCACCGUUAAGAUAAACAGAGAUUGCUAGAGACGCUCAGAACGCUCCGAGCGAGCACGUUGGAAUCUACGAAACACCGUUAACGUAAACAGUAAAUCGCGAGUCACGUGGGGUUCAACGAAUGUCCGUCAACACCCAAAGGUAUGAACUAGGUAGCCAAAACAGACGUGUAUCAGUCAUAAAUACUACUUGAAAGCCAACUUAUAAAAGAGAUUACAGUGUUAAAAGCGAGUUAAGUUGAGAGAAGACAGUUUAUAGAAGGCAGUUUAUUGAAGAAAGGCUACUGGAAAGUCUAGAUGGGGAAGUCUAGAGAGUGAAAGUGAGAGCUGCGCUCAAGUGUUAAGUUCUAGUUUUAGGUGUUUUAGUAUUAAGAGAACAAUGGAGGAUACAAGUGAAAAAAAAACGGAAAGUGAAGUAGCAAUCAUCAAUUCGAAGACAUUACCUUGGAGAGAAAAGUACAAGUUCUGUACAAUGUGGUGACAGCGGAAACUAACUGCUCUAAGAAGUUAAGGAACGCUUAAGUAUGACUGUGAAGAAGUCUAAAACUUUUCAAGUGCAGAAAAACGGAACAGUAGUGCCAUUAAUCUUGGAAAUAUAAUAGCGGACAACAAAUAUUGAUCAGUGCUGAGAAGAAAUCGCUUGAUUGAAGAGGACCCGCGGUAGUGCAACAUUCACAACCUACAACUUGUCCCAUGGGAAGAACAAUUCAGUGGAGCAGAACAACCCAAGACACAUAAUAAGACGAUCCUUAUCAAGAAAGAAUGUCACACUAUACUGAUACUGAAUACGAUACGCAACAGGGGGACAAUCUAUUCGACGUUUCAAGAGACGAAUGCAUUUCCAAACUACUCAGAGGACUAACAGGUAUGUAAUUUCUCUUUCGUACCAAUCACUUCGAGGGCCCACGUUGCUGGACACAGGUCGAUCAUAAUCAAUCGGUCAGGAGUCCAGCCGGUUCAGCUGUGUUCAUCCGCGAUUGUUGCGUAUUCGUGGUGUUCAAAUUAUCAGAAUAACGUUGUAAUUGUCUAGGUGUUGUCAAUUCAACAGAAUAGGUUGUCAUAUUCAAAGUGUUUUAAUUCAACAGAAUAACUGUUUCAAUCUGACAGAAAACAUGAGUGUUUCAAUAAUUUAAGUUAUAUUAUACAAAAGUUAGUUUUUAACGAACUAAAGUGUCGAAAACCUUUUUUAAAAAUUUAUAUGUCAUAAGUAUGAAUAGGGGGGGGGGACCAGAUUUCAUUGCUGGUUUUGAUCCUGAUACGUAAGCAUCAAGCAGAUUAAGAUCCGGAUGUUAAAAAGGAAGAAAACAUAUUGAACGGUAAGUUUCCAAAACUUUAUCCUUUUUUUUUGUUAAUCAUUUUUUUUUUAUUUCAUAAAAAAAGUUGAAUUAUCACUUGUUUUCUUAUUUUUUUAUGAUUACGAUUUAGUAAUUAUUAAUGGACAAGAAGUAAUGGUUGUCUCAGGUGAGGGACUAGUUUACCUAUACUGGAUACAUAAACGAUGACCAUGACAUUGUAUAUUAUGAGGGGUAUGACCCCUCCAACUAUUGAAUAUGUUGGAAAAAGGAGAGCGAAAAAAUAUGUAAUACAUUUUACUGUUUUUUUUUCUUAAUUUUUUUUAUGCUAAAUAAUGGAAAGGAGACGAAAGCACAGUGGCAGUAUGCUUGAAUUAAACAUGCUAGUUUCGAAAAACCUUUCUACGUAAUUACGUGAUUUCAUGACCGGGAUUCAAAAAAUAAGCAAAACAUUUGUUUUAGAAAGUUAAAAAAAUAACACUUUACUGUUUUUUAUGUUAUUGAACUUAGCGCAUGAUUCUACACUCUAAACGAUCAUCAGCUUACCGAGUUUAAAAAAGCUGUGAAUUAUUGUAAGUUAUUUUAUUAACGAUCAUUAUGAUUUUUGGGAAAAUCCUACUGUGUAGAUUUGCCAAUGGUAGCUCAGGGCGCGCCUCGUGGUGCAUCAGGCCAUGCGACGAACCAACCAGUGCUGAUGCCACCAUCGCACUUCGCUCCCACGGUGAAGUGCACAUGAGCAACAAUAAACAAGAUCAUCUGCCCAUCCAAUAAUAAUUCAUAGCAAGACAAGCUCGAGCUGAUCAUCGUUCUUGGAAGGCGUCAGCAACACGUCACAACAGCUCAAAUUGGUAUUGUCAAUUAGGAAGAGGCUGUAAUCAUGCAAAGAUAAAAUAAUUAGAUUUUCCUUCUUAGUUCGGCUAGCAUCGGAAGUAGUUGUCUCUUUUAAAAAACUGUCCAAAUGCCCGGCCGUCCAUCACUUAUAUACGAAAUUUUCAAUGAAAUAGAGCGAGAAGUCUGAAAGUGGACAUCAGUGCGUAAUUCGUAUAAUUUUGAUGACAAAUUUAUUUCCACGGUAAAAUCAGUGCUUCAGAUGGUGACAGCGAAAGCUCACCGUUUGAAGAAGUAGGGAAACGUUUCUCUUAGUAAUUCAGAAAAGUUUGGUAAUUAGAAAAGUGAUAAGUGAACUAGUGAACCAAAAGACUUGAACGUGACAUCUUAGUGAAAAAGUGCCUCGAUGAAGAUACCUCAAACUCCACCACAGAUGAAGAUGAGAACGUCGACAAUAAUUUAGUAAGUGCCUAGCCCACCAUAGCUACGAAGGAACAAUUGUUACAAGACGUCACGACAGUUAGGGUAGCGUAGAAGUAGGAUUAAUAAGCUUGAAUAGAGGGUCUAGCCUUAAUUCAAGUGUCGCAUUUCAUUGACACGAAAGAAACAAACCAGGGCCCUGAUCGCCCGGGACUACAUUUGGUGACAGUGCAAAAGUGCUUAAUGUAUAUUGCAAGAAACGAUACUGGAACGAAAAUUCUAGACAGAUUAAGUGAAAGUAACUUUAAGAGACCUGAAAGUGUAGAACUGCAUACUAAAAAAGGACUUAGAUGCAGAAGGGAACAAAAAUACAGAACUAUAGUGAAUUUCAGAUCUAUAAAUCUGGUCUCUAAACCCUUCGUUUUUCCAAUACCUGUGAUAAAAGACAUUCUAGUAAGUUUAGGCGAUGGCCUCUUGAAUUGGUUGCCAACGAAGCGAACCUGAUUGCGGCAAAAGAGAUCCUGUCACGCUUACUACUCUUGCAGUUCCAGCAAACAACAGAUAUUUAAAGUUGUUUCGGUCAAGUCCAGAAUCUACUCUCAUUGCUUAUUAAUCAUAUCAAUAUCUCUACGAACGACGAAAAUGUGAAACAGGAUCGAUUCAAAACACACAGGAAAGUUCACACAGUAUUACAAGUUUUCCAAGCUGUUUUAAAAGAACCUAUCGGAGGAUAUGUUAUUGCUGGGCAACCCGUGAACAUCAAACAAACAUUUGCCGUUGCGGUAGAGGAAAGAAAUGCCCUAAGUAGAACCGGGUUAGGGAGAUACCAAAUCAAGGAGCACUACUGGCUUCAGAGCCUAGGGAAACGGCUGGAUCUAUCCGACCAAAGGUCGUAAACUACAUGUGUAGACCACAGGAUUCCAAUAGAAAUGAUCAAAAGCCACCUUUUCUUCAAAGAAACAGGUUUACCCCGGUAUUUCCUCCGAGAACAGUAAGAAUAGUCGAACUCCAGAAUAUGGAACAGUAUUAUGAGGAUCCUUACGGACAGAACACGAACAAUGACUUCUAUGGCCAUGGCCAUAUAAUGUACAAUGAAUAACAUACUUGAUAUAUCGCUCAGGAUGUUAUGUCUACCUCGACGAUAUCACCUGGAAAAUCUUAAAUGUGUUUUGGAACAUUGACAACAGUUCAAUCUGAAAAUUCAGCUCGAUAAGUUUGAAUUUCUUAACCAAACCCCGACAAAAUCGAGAAGAUCAUUCAAUUGCCAAUGCCGAAAAAUUAGAAAGAGUUUGAAGAAUUCCUAGGAUUAGUCGAUUUUUCAUAAAUUUCACGACCUAUGACCGAACUGCUAAAGAAAGACUCAACAGUCAAUGCUAAGGAUUCCUCAUACAUUAAUGCGUUCAACACGUUAAAACAAAUUUUAUCAACAGAUCAAAUACUGGCAUACCCACAAUUCGAUCUACCCUUCAUCCUAACUGCAGAUGCCUCUGGCUACGUUCUAGGCGCAGUCUUAUCGCAAAUACAAAAUGUUGAAUAACCCAUAGCAUUUGCCUCUAGAACCUUAUCGGAACCAGAAACACGCUAUGCUACCAAUGAGAAGCAAGUAUUAGCUAUCCUUUGGGCAGUUAACAAAUUCAAACCAUAUUUAUAUAGGAAAAAAAACAUUAGUAACGGAUCACGAAUCAUUAACCUUUAUCAAAACAUCGGAUAAGAAUCAAAAGAUUUUACAAUGGCGUCUUGAUUUGGAGGGCUAUGACUAUGAUGUCAAGUAUAACGAAGAAAAGUCAAACGUCGUAACCGUUGCCCACAGCAGAAUGCCUAUAGAUAUAAAUAUAAAUGAAAUAUAAAAUAACGAUAAUCUUCUCGUUGCAGGAAACAAUAACAACCCGGACGACUCAGACGAUCUAGAAACACAAGCCCAAAACCCUCCAGAAAAUCCUUCCUCUGAUUAAACCAUGUAUUCAGCAGACGACUCCGUUUAUUACUUUAUUCAUCUUACAGAGCGUCCUCUUAACUACUAAAGAAAUCAAGAGCACUCAUUUUACAACCGUCAUGUCCGAAACGCCGUUUAAUAAUUUCAAAAGAACAACCGCUUGUCAACCAAAUAUUGAUAAAGAGCUUAUCACAAGAUUCCUCAAACUUUUCCACAAUGGUGAACAGACAGCCAUAAUGGCACAGGGAUCGUUAUACCAAUUUUUUGAAGACUCGUAUAUAGACAACUUCAAUCAAAAAGGUCAUUUUGUAAUUACGCAAAAUAUCGUAGAACUGUAGAACUGAAGAAAGGCAAAACUUAAUCAUAAUAAUUGAACACAAUAGAGCACACCACGGUAUUACGGAAGUAUAAGUAAAAUUAAACAGAAAAAAAUAAAUAAAUAAAAAUAAUAAAAAAGAGCAUAUUUUUUUCCAAACAUUCAUUUAAAAGUAAGGAAAUUCACAAACUCAUGAGUUAUCUGCAAUACUCACAAAUACGCAAGGAAAUCAUUUAACAUUAAAAUUUCACCAAGGCCGAUGAUCGAAAAACCUUUGGAAAGAGUCCAUAUCGACAUAUUCAUUAUUAACAAAAAAAAACUGUUUCCUAUCCAUUAUAGAUGCAUUUUCAAAACAUUUACAGAUGGUAUACUUAAAAUCUAAGUCAAAAAAUUCUGGUAGGUGGGUUAACCAAUAGGAACAAUUGGCGCGCGACACGGCGGUGUCACGUCACGUCCUGCUAGUAAGGUAUACAAGCAAGGUUAUUAAUCAAUAGACACUUUUGUACUGGGAGUUUGUUCUUUUUAGAAAGUGAUCUUGUGUGAAGAAUCCCCUGACUCUAAAAAUGUUGUACACGUGCAAAAAGCACUAGGGAAGCACUUUAGUGCAUUUGGGGUACUCCGAGAAAAAAUCACGAACCAUGAAACAACAUUCCAAUCUAUUCUAGAUAUUUCUUAAACCAACUUGGAGCUCAAAUCAGAUAUGCAAGUUCAUCAGAAUCUAAGGACAGAACGUACGCAAGUUAACGACGUUGCCAACCAGAGUUCGACAUUCCACACGGCAGUUGGCAGAGUCAGCAGAAAUCAUCCCGAUGGUAACAGCGAUCGAUAAGUCGAUGGGUCGGACUUGGUACCCAUCGCAUGAGGUGCUGAUGCAGCAGCUACCGGCAUACGUUCAUCGGUUAGGUGUUACUUAGCUAGGACCAUUAAAGAAUUAGCAGUAAAAGUGUGUAGACCAUUUUUUUUAAAAAGAAGUCCCGGUGGUAAAACCGCGAAAUCCAGAAGAAAUCAUAGGAGAAGCACAAGCGACGUUACCUUAAACAAUACUUAACAUGGAAAGAGCUCAAAACACAUCCUUAAUCAAAAUUCAAAAAAAGGAAGAUCCCCCGGUCUUAGAAGAUGGAAAAGAAGUCUUGCACAAUUUUGAACAUCUGCACAAAAACCAAGAACCAAGAGCAACGAAAACUAAUGCCAACAAUGUAACAGAUAAAACGUUCAUGAAUAAUCGCAACAUUAAACGUUGGAAUCCUUCUAGAACUCGACUCGGGAUGUUAUUCAUAUCACCUCCUAACUUUUCCAUCGGCAGAAUCGCCUAACUAGCUCGAUGCUAGUUAGUGCCACACUCUCCAAACGUCAUAAAAAUAAAAUAAAAAGAAUUAAAAAAAAACUAAAUAAUCAUCACAUUUGUAUCUUAAUUGCAGAUGCUCUACUAAACAAUCAUCAUCUUAAAACUCUCCAAAAUCUUAUGCCAAAGUUUAUGAUAAAAACGUCUACCAUGACGUUAUCCUGAUGCAACAAAUAAACACAUGUAAAAUUCAAACCGGAAAUAUCCUAUGAACCUCACGGAUAUCGAGACAACCAUUAUUCAACUAACAUACCUAGUUUAUAACAAAAAUGCCAUCAACAAAAUACUUAUACAGAAAUCAGCAAGCACAAGGUUCGAGAGUUGUACACGAACCUAGUGCAAAUUAAAACACGGGUACAACAUAAAAAAAGAAGAUGGAACGCCACCGGAACAGCAUGGAAAUGGAUCGCCGGGAAUCCAGACGCUCAAGACUUAAUGAUUUUUAACGGCACACUCAGUGGUUUGAUCGAAUAAAACAACAUGCAGUACAAAGUCAACGAGCAAAUAGCUCAAGGAAUCGAAAAGCUGACAAGCACAAUCAAUAAAAGUAACCACAACGUCAUCCGAGCCAUUUGAAAAAAUAUUCAUGGAUAUUGUUCUUCUUCAACCAGCUUCAAUUCUUCUUCCAAUAACUUUGCCCGAACGCUGGAGCUGACACUUUCCGGCGGGUCAGGAACCACUUUCCCUUUUUUCGAAGGUGCUUUUGAACUCGCCUUUGAUCCUUUUGAUUUCCGCUUUUCCUCGAUCGGCGCGAGGAGAACACCUCCGCCGGACGCUCCCUGCUUGGCUGAACAUGGUUUACAGACAUACCUGACGUUCAAUUGCUUCACCUCACCGCCAACUCCAGCGCAUCCGAAGUGCUCCCACCAUAGGCAGACACCGCACUGGACCAUUUCGCACUCUGCUGCAUCGGGCCGGUCGCAGGACUGGCAGUUCCGAGAGGUCGUGUGGGGCUGGAAUACCCGAUCAUCCAUCCUUGCUAUCUACUACAAAUUUCUUGAAGUUUGUGGGGUUAGGCGACACCAACUCAAGAAAGCAAACUCGGUUUCUCACGGAAGGUUAGCUUCAAGCUAACCAUGAAGUUUGUGGGGUUAGGCGACACCAACCCAGAAAGCAACUGGUAUCAGUAAGAUAGAAAAAUAGCUAAAACAAAACAAGCAUGGACGCUCAAGAGAAAGCCGACCAAGCUAAAGUGCCACCAAAGUAGGGUCGCUCUGAACUAUAGAGGUAGGCCAGAAAACUUCAACCCGGAACUUCCAAAAACCCGAGUUGGAAAACCAAAACCAACACCCAAACGCACGGGACCGAAAGGACCUGAGUUACCGCCGCCAACCCAUCUAGAGACAAACAAGACACCGACACCACAACGCAAUGAGUCAAUCAUUGCAGAGGCAAUCUUCGGAGUGGAUGUUUCUGUCGUGCCGAUAGCGCCAUUGCAGCAGUAUCACGCAAACUUUGGGAAAAUCGUCGACAUUACGCUAAUGACAUACCAAAAUAUGAUUCCGGAUGUAAACCAAUUGGACAGAAAGUUUACAAAGGAAGAGCUAGUUUACUAUGCAACGGCUAUGUUAUGGCUACGAUUGAUCGACAUAAAAUCAAAGCAGAGGAUGGAAGCUCUAACUUCGGUAGAAAAGGAACUACUGAAGAGCACGAAGGACAUAGCGUGGAACAUACCGCAACCAAUCUAUAUGUAUCUCGGACAGAUUGGAAAUGUCAUCGACAAGAUGGGCAAGGAGACAAUCCUAACUAUCCCUCCGCUACCAACAACUGUAGUUCAAGGACUAGGUGGUUAUCACGCUGCCGAAAUCAAUCUACAGAAUCACAACCUAUUUGAGGAAUUACCCAAGGAAUUACCCUCACUAGGAAUCGCAGCAGACGUUGUAAUGGCUGCAUCAAGCCAAGUGGAUGCACCAGCCGUCAAUAUUAGAGUGGAAAGACUAGCAAAUUCACUGUUCACUCGAAACUUAACAGGCUACAUCUCAAACAUCGGAUCUCGUCGACAAGAGAUCCGGCAACGACUUGCAGGACUGGGAAUAACUGCAAACGCAUUCCCGGAGCUAGUAGCGACAUCCAGAUUUAAUCUGGUGUAUCUACUGCAAAUCUCUGAACUCUUGAAAGGAACGGAAACGUUUAAAGUGAAGACAAUAACCACGCCAUCUAUGACAAUUCAUGGAGGUGAGACCAUGAUCAUACAAACUAUUCCGAACGAGCUAGAAGACCUAGGAGCAGUAUGGAGCGACCGAACAGUGCAAGCGCAAUCACCCGCCAGUGAUUCCACAGCACGGAUGGGAGCCGCAUACAUCUUUGGAUUCCAGUUAUGGAAAAGUACGCAUGAUGGAGCAGAUCCAUAGGCAACACGCGCAGCGAAUUGGUCCGCCAUCGCAGCUGAACCAGACGCACAACAGCCAUGGAACAUGCCACCAGCAUGGAAUGACAACCGCAACGCCCGCAGAAACUUAUCUCCAGGGGUAGGAACCGCACGAUUCAGAUCGUUAGGAAAGCGGCAGGACAUAGCGUUGAUAGAAGUCACACGUAGAAUGCUCAAGACGAACUGAGCAACAAACGAGGAAACUACAAAUUCCUUGAAGUUUGGGGGGUUAGGCGACACCAACUCAAGAAAGCAAACCCGGUUUCUCACGGAAGGUUAGCUUCAAGCUAGAAUAAUGAAUUUAUUAGUUCAAUUUGGUAGGUAUAUCGUAAUUGUUGAAUCUUACAAAUUUCGUGACCUUUUUCCUGUUAAAUAGCAAGUUUGGGUCGUCUAUUCUUACACGGGAUUGAUUGACCGCCUAAAGGAGUGUGAGGGUGUGAGCUUGAAAUAGUAUUUACAGAAUAUAGCUAUUUAAUAUUCCAACUUACAAUCUACGGAGUGUACGUCGAUUAUAAGCUCUUCAAUGACGAUUUCUAGCUCUGCUGGUCGGUUUAGAAAUUAAACAAAUUGUGUAGAAAAGUAGAAUGUCUAAUAUCUAUCUAUCUAGAUUUGCAAUUUGCACUUGUUCUCAAACGUUCCCCUUGCUAAUCAUGACAAUGCACUUUCUCCUGCUCAUCGAGGGUCGCAGCAUGACGUGUAAGGCCCAUGUCAUGUUGGUUCGCUCUGCCAUUAGUCGCCGUAGGGCUGUGCCGGCUAGUGUUGCCAGUACCAGGGGUCCUGUCGGCACACUAAAUAUAUAAAUAAGAUAUCACAUUCCUGUGUAUAUUAGUUUUAGAUGACCCCUUAAAGCAGUGGUGCUCAGGCUGGAGGAUACCGCGGACCAAAUUUGCAAUUCGGGAUCGACCUGCGGGCCGCAUAAAACAUCGAUGCACAAAAACAACAAAAAGAACAAUUCUAAAGCUUAUUUAUUAAAAAUCUGAACUGUUCAGAACUUUUGUAAGGGUCAAACUUUAUAAUCUAUUGCCCUUCGUGGAGUUCAAUUUAGAUUCAUAAGUUUGGUUGAGAAAAACGUUUGAGCUUCAAAUUGAAAUGCAAACAAACAAUUUAGAAGUUGCCCCUAGACAUGCCUUGAAGCCACUUCAAGAACUUGACAAGCAGCUUUUACAAGAAAUUCUUUUGAAUCGCUCCAAAAAGGUUUGUUGGAUUUUCUCCUGAAAUUUCUUGUGGAGUUGCUCCAAAACGUUAUUGAGAAAUUUCUUGAAGUUUCUUUAAAUUUUUCUAGAAUUCUCUUGGAACACCUGCAAGAACUCCUCUUAGAUUUGCCUUUGGAACUGCCGUAAACUUACUUCAGGAAUUGCUCAUUAAUCGUUUCCAAGAAUUUCUCCUAGAAUAGCUUCCGAAUUUUUCCAAAAAUUUUCCAGGAGUUUCUUGAAGAUUUUAGUAAAUUCUUUCCAUAAGUCUCUUCUAAAGUUGAUGAAAUACUUUAUCAUGAAAUUUCUUCAAAAAUUAGAUUUUUAAUUGUUUCCGGAAGUUCCUUAAACAUUAUCUUCUAAAGUUGCUGCAUAAGUUGCUUCAAAUUUAUUGUUCAAAUUUUCCUAAGGCGUUCUAGGCAUCUUUUGUGUCUUGAUGCAGUUGGUCCUGGAAUCUUGUUUGUAGCUACUCCUGAAAUUCUCUUUUUUUGCUCGAGGAAUGUAUUCUAAAGCUGUUCAAGAAAUUUCUGUUAGAGUGGCACCAGAACAUUUUUCUAGGAGAUGCUCCUAUAAUUUCCAUGCAGUAUCGCCACAACUUUCUCAUUGAGUUUCUUCAGGGUUAUUUUCUCCAGGAUGGAGUUUCUUUAUAUGUUCCGCUUAGAGUUGCUUAAAACUUUUCUCCAAUAGUGUUUCCUGGAGAUUCUCCAAAAAUGUAUCAAAAAGUUUCUCCAAAAGGGCACAGGAGACGCUUCAUGAAUUUCGCCUGAGAUUUUUUUCGUUCAGGAGUUUCACUUGGACAAUUCGAAUUGGUUGUUUCGAAACCCCAAACCCCAAACACAUCUGUAGUACCAGUUACUAUACACAAACGUCUCUAGGCGCUGUCGCAUAGAAUCUACACAUCUGCACUAAACCGCAAAACAUCAGCAUUUACAACGAUGCAACCCUACGAACUCCAUAGUUCAAACCUGGACUUCCUCGAAGUCCACCAUCAGUUGGUCUCCGACCAACACCAACUCGCUCACAUUGAUGCGCUUCAUCGUGAGUUGUUUUCACCUCCAAACUACCUAUCCCGAUCCUUCUGCCAGGCCUUCUGCUUGGACUUCAAACCCGAUCCUAAUCCGAAAAUCGUCACCAUCGCAAAGUCUGCACUCUCCGCCAUUCCUGGUUUGUGCUACGUUGCGUCCCUAAAUACUGAUCUCCCUCAAACAAUCGACGUGGUUAAGAGGCUCGGUUUCUUCCCUCACACCGAAGUUACCAAGAAUUUCUUGAUGCACGGAAAGCUGACCGAUUACGGCUCCCACCUCCAUAUGGAGCGAAACCAUGCUCCGGUCGCCGGUAUUGGUUACAUUGGUUGGAAGUUUUCUUUGUAUUCGUUUAUUCGCGGUACCAUCAUCGGUACAGUCUGCUACGUCACUGGAGCGCUAGUCGGAUCUCAGCCCGAAUUUCGUGCUGCAUACGACGCUCAGAUCAAGAACGCUACGAUCCUUGACGAAGCUGCACCUAACGUCCUUCAGUCUCGUGCUUUGGAUGAUCUAGUAUUGCUUGCUUCUGUCGAGGCCGUUCCGUCGACUAUUGCUCCUUCUUCGUUAGCUAAGGUCGUUACUGAGACUCUACCAGUCGAUACCACCACACCCUCAAUUCCACUCUCUGCCGUCACCACCUCCACCGUCUCGACCACCGUUCCAGGCAUUGCUCCACCAGACACGCUCGCUCCCGCUACCAACUUUAACAUCCUGGCGUACACCACGUCAGUAUUUGGUCGUCUGAGUCGUCCUGUCGUGAGCUUCGUCAACGGUUUUUCUCGAGACCACUUACCGUCUGCCAAUUCUACCGCUUAUUCAUCCGUCCGUUCCGGACUGUCAUCAUUCACUGAUACGCUCCGUGGCUCUUGCCAUGGAUUGUAUCGACGUACUGUUAGUUCUGCGGUCAACACUUAUCAUAGUGUCGACGACUAUCUACGUACGUCACCCUUCUUUACCGUUAAGUAUCUUUUUUAUUUACUCAAAUCUGCUGUAUUUACAUUUGUUCGUGUGACGUUUAAGAACCCCGUGUCCACUCUGCUUAUUGCGUACGUCUCCACUCCGUUCAUUCGUGGGUACGCUAAGAGGCAUGGUUGGCCACAUUUUCCUGUAAUUAACGUCAUGACCGUCUUGUCGAUUCCUGCUGUCAUCGGUCUUGUUUGCAAGAUCUUCGACAGUUUUUAUUCAACUUUACGUUUUACCACCGUGACAUUUUGUGAAGCUGCUGGAAUACCACCCCCGUCCGCCCUGGCAGUCACCACCACCGGACUCACCGCCACCGUCGGGACGUAUGUGCUGCGCUACAUUCCGACCGGACUAGCAAUCGGAGGUCGUAUCCGACGCUGGUUCAUGCGGCGACCGACGUAUUCUUGCAUCUUACUUCCGCCAUCUCACGGUCUUACCACCAUUUCUUCACAACAUCCUGAUCUGUUUCUCGACUUGUCUACUAUAGUGGCGGGAAAGGAACUUGACGCGCUAACAGAGGAUUCUCGUACCACGUUCGUCCAGAAUAAACUAUAUGCUUAUUUGGGGCAAUCAUCCAGAGUGGUUAUUCUCAAUCCUUUCUUCGACGCUUUCGGAAUGCGAGUGUUGGGCACUUAUUGCUUGGAGUCCUCUGCCGUUGUCACCAACGAACCGGACCAUCUAGCCGCCUGUCGCGCUCUUACCGAACGCUUUUCGAAAAUUGCCGUCACCUUCCCCGACUACUCUAGUCUACACGCUCGACUAAUGACCCACACCUGACUCCGUAUAGGACGACGGCAGGACUAUCACCAGAAGGGCGACUAUACUCUCCCCACUGCGAAGACGUUCAAUGCUUAUGUUCUGUGGUGCCUAGCUACACCUCCUGUUUACGCCUAUGUGCGGCAUGAAGGAGGUCGUGGAAUCGAACGAUAAGUGUUAUGCUUUGUUAGCAUAAACAUUCAUGGUUCGAGAACGAUAACCUACCGAAAUGCAUACGCAGCGAAACAGCGUGUAAGCCUCGGUAGCGCGAUAGAGUUAAGAACGAAAUAAAGAUGCAGAAUCGUUUAAGUCACCAACGAAGUCGGACUCAUCACUGACGAUCACUGCCCGAUAAACAAGACAAAGCAUGGCGAUCCUCGCCAGUUGUGCAGUUGUGCAGUAAUUAUGAUUUAAUCAAACAGAUCUGAGUUCCACCCAGCUCGAUACAAGAGUGAUUAGUGUGCAGUGGAAUUUUCGACAAACUGUGAUUGUGCGAUUACAAAACUCAACGAGUGCCACAGGAACCAGUAGCAAUUUACCGAAAUGGGAUGGUUCAGCGCUGAUGAGGUAAUUGCGCCAACCAUCAGCACCACCAACACAGAACCACAUAACGUGGCUCAAGCCGUGGCGCUUUGCGUCAUAGCCGGAGUGGCCGUGGGCUACAUCAUCGUAAGAACCGUGCUAAAGGCACAUAAGAGAAGAAUGGAACGAGUGGCAGAACGGGCCGUAAGACUAGCCGCUGUGUGAACUAUGAACAAUGACAAAAUUAUGCAAUCGUCAAUAAUUUGUUGCCACGUUGUGCAUUUCUAUAGUGCUAAAUAACUCAAAAGUGCAGCCAGCGUAAAGGUUGAAAAACGAGGAACAAUUAAACCAGACAGUAAAAAGUGUGAUGAGCAAAAGUGUGAAAAGAAUAUGAAUAAAGACUAAACCACCGUGAACAUUAUCGAAACCAUAGUGACUAGUAUGGUUUAAUGGAGCUAUUCGAGUGAAAAAAAAAAACGAAGUCUCGGAGCAGACCGCUCGGCGAGACCAACGAAGCCCCGAGCGGCCUGCUCGGCGAGGCCAACCGGCCGGGCCAACCAGCCCGAAUAGCGAGCAUACAUCAUACAGGGCCACCAAAUUCAAUCAAAUGGUGAGUGAAAGAUUUAGGCAAUAGUGAAAAUGGAAUGGAUGAAUUUUUCAGAAUCGAGGAUGCAAUUUUUAAAUUGCAUUUGAGUCUGAAAAAAUACAAUAAAUUUAAAACAGAAACCAAAAAUGAGAAAGUUAAGAAUUUGGUAAUUUUAAAAAACAAUCUAAGAGAAAUCGUAAAAAACAGCUCCGUAGACUACGUAUCUAGACAGCAUUUGUUUGCUAGGUACAAAAAGUUGAGAGCAGUUAUUCAUGAUUGUUUAGAUUUAUUAGAUUCACCACUUGACGAAUCGUUUCUGGGAAAUUUGUUCAUUCCAGAAAAAGAGGGUGAAGCCCAAAAUAGUGAAGAUUAUACAAACAGUGAAGAUUAUACAGAGGAUUCAACAAGCUCAGAAUCAGGGUUAGAAGAGCAGCUUAGAAGGAUGGCCCCGAAACUUGACCUCAGUUUAGCUAUGAAGGUGGUUCAGCCUUUCGAUGGAACUGUCACAAAGCUGACCAGUUACAUCGAAGGAGUAGAACUAUUCCAAGACUACUCUGAGGGGGUUCCGGAAGAUAAAUUAUUAAAAUUUUUGAAGACAACUUUAAUAGGAUCUGCGCACGGUGCGAUUGAUGGAUCUGCAACCGUCGCAGAUGCCCUACAAGCAUUAAAACAAAAAUUUGCAAUUAGGGUUACACCGAGAGCGGUUCAAAACGAAAUGAACGCUCUAAAACAGAGCCAAAAGUCGAUAUCUGACUUUGGCUCCGAAAUGGAAAAAUUAUCCGCAAAGUUAGCCGCCGCACAUGUGUCUAUGGGCACAUUUGCGAAUGAGGCGGCAGCAGUUAAAUUUGUUGAACCAAUUGUGGUUCAAUCAUUCAUUGAUGGAUUGAAGGAUCCAUCAACCAAAUUUUUUCUCAAAGCGCGAAACCCACCAACUUUGAACAAGGCAAUCUCUGAUGCCUUAGAGUGCCAGGCAACGCCUAACACUGACACCAAUGACAACAUGAUGGCACUGUGGUGUUCAUCAAGUGGGUCCGGACGACAUGGUAAUUUUCGUGCCAGAGGUGGUAGAGGAUAUGGCGGAUAUCGCGGAUAUCAGAAUAACCGUGGUAGAGGUAAUGGACGUGGCAGAGGCCACUACCAGAAUCACUAAGGACUGUUCAAUUUAUAAAACGGACAACUUUACAAGGCUAUAAAAAGAAGACGCGUAGUUCAAAUAUAACCACCCUUGAUUCGUUGUUCAGUACAUCAUGUUUCAUUAUAGUAAUCAUUUUUGAAUCGAAUAAAAAUAGUUUUAUUUUAAAGAAAAUCAGUCAGGUGUAAAAUAAGGCGAAUUUUUCGAUUUCUGAAAAUUGAAAAUAUAUAUAAAAUUACUGUUCAAACAUGGUAUAUUGCUUUUAAUACCAGAAAAGUAUGUGCCAUGCUGCAGCAGCAUGAGUAAUAAACAUUCUGACAAAAUUUAAACUCAAUUGGAAAAUUAAGUAUUGAGAUAUUAAAGUCUCAAGUGAGAUUCGAUUUUUUGAAUAAAAUUCAAUUGUAAAGCAAAAAGGGCAUGGAAAUAUUAAAUAAUCAAUUUUUUUAUGCAUUCAGUCGAAAGUGGGAAUAAUGUGGUUUUAAAUGCAGAAAACUGCUUCUUAAUAGCAUUGUUGGUUUGGUUACUGUGCGCCAUUACAGACACAGUUAUCAAAACAGUUUCGUUCUGUGAAGGUUCUUCCAAAUAACAAUGCAACCAAAUGCAAAAUUUGCAAAACAAUGAUGAAGGAAAUAAAAACUUUGCGUCCGAUUAUUAUUAAAUAAGGUGUACAAUAACGUAGGACCAACUUUGUUGAAAAUAAAUAAUAACAAGAUUCGCUAGAGUCGAAAAUCUGUAUCAAUGGAGCAAAAAAUAUGAAACUUUUUAAUAUGGCCAUCUUUAUGGAUUAAAUUUUGGAUGAAAAAUGCAAUUAAAAGCAAAUUUCUCUUCUGUAUCAUUCAGAGAGCAAUAUUCUACUACUCUGGAUAAAUUUUUAGCCGAAUCCGUGAUGCUAUUGCAACACAGGACUUAAAUGAACAUUUUUUGAUAAAUUCUAUGAAAACAAGGCAACUUACUAUAUCAUGCUGGAGACUGCUUGGUGCAUUAUUAUUGACCAACUAUUGAGCUUUACCUUUAGUAGAAUAGUAUAAGAUUCCAAUACAUUAAAAAUUUCAUGAAAAUGUGCAUGUUAACUAUUUGGAAAGUUAUGUCGAAUUUUGAGAAAUGGGUUUUUAUUGAUGUUUUACGAAAACCGCUUUAUUUACACAAUAAAGAACAAUUUGGUAAAUGUUAUAUUUUUCCUACAUUAGAGAAUAGCUAUAGAAAGUUAAGCAAAAAACUGAUAAUGAUUUUAUUAAAAAACAAAAAAGAUAUCGCAAAAGCAAGUUGUCCGUUUUAUAAAUUGAACAGUCCUUACCAAGAGAGAAAUUUUGAUUCCAGUAAUCAGUCCCAAUUCUACAACCAAGGCAGAGGAAGUAGAGGCAAUAGACCUCCACGAUACAACAAUAACAACAACAAUCGAACGCAUGCAGCUAAUGUAGCUGAGCAUGAGCAUGCCUGUUUGCGAACAACCGUCAAGUUUACCCCAAUUUGCGCUAAAACACUGUAUAACAGUUCCGAGGAGUACUCUCCUCUCAGUUAAUUCCCACCGCUCGUACACGAUCGCAGGUAGUCAGUAGGCAGAGCGAUCGAUAGAUCGAUCGCUAAGAGAUAAUUUGAAAUAUACCUAGUUAGUGUACCACGAAGCUCCAUGGAAUAUAGUUCGUUUUUUCCUAAACGCGUACCGCAGCUCAAACGUAUUUUUUACCCGUGUCCGAAAGUGCAAGUGCACCGAGUGUCGAAGGCAGUGAAUAGUGUGGCUCUGGACUUGCGUUCUUUUUUAAAUUAUACAGUCCACUGAAGUAGUGUUGCAGUCCAGAACAUGGUCCUUCGAACCGGAUAUUAACCGGUGGACAUUGGACAACAAAGUAGUGCGGUCGGUCGAAGUGCGCGCGUGGUCGAAGUGGUGGAUAGAUUCCACAGAAGAGUUGGCGUCAUUUGUGGCAGAUAUCGGCGGCAUUGUGCUGCUAUUCGUCAUUGUUCCUGCGCUGGUGACGUGAAAACGUGGAUGAAAUCCACUGCGGCGGCGGAGUACUUCGAGGCUGUGGACAAGUUGCUGCUGUUGUUGCUGUUGUGCUGUGCAUCUUCCCGCAUAAUCAAUUACAUCCCAUAAAUACGUACAGUAACUACCAAAUCAUAUACAAUUCAAUUAGUAAGCAUCAAUGCUGUUUCCACUGUGCUAUCUGCACACAGUAAGAAUGGUCAGGAAUGCAUGUGCGGUCCGAGCGUUCUGACCCGACGCGCGGACACCUGUUUUGCUGACUCGUAUUACGAGUGUAGUGGCCCCACAGGGCAGGGUACAAUCAGAAGAGUCAAAUAACCAAAACAUUGGGUUCGAUAGGUACAUCGCCGAAAUUUAUAUUGUCAGCUUUCUGUCCCAGGCGUCUAGUUAAUUCUUUCUCUUUUUUACACAUUGAACCAUGAACAAGCAUAUGAUAACCAUUACAACUUUGUAAGCUAUAAAAACCGAACCUUUUGAGAAAUACAGCAAUCUUUGCCCAACCUUGAAGGGGUUUCAA